UUACUGCUGUAAUAUUCUUGCUCGCCAGCUCCUAAGCUGCCAGGUAGUACUUUCGAUCCACAUUGGGUGGUGUUUGGUGACCGUUGAUUUCUGUGGCUCGAGGCCGAUAUAUCUAAAUAAGAGAUUUGAUAUUAUACAUAGACCUUUGUGGGACACUAUCGGCCCUGCUUAUUUAUAGCUGGCUUAAACUCGCCUAUUCCAUCACGUCCGUCUCGCCACCUUGGAGAAGUGGUGUAAAAACGGAAGACUAAUUGUAACGAUAGUACUAGGAAACCCCACGGCUCUUAUAAUUUUGAAGUCAAUAUGGACUCCUAACCUUGGUAUGAUUGAGCAUUGAACCUCGACCCGGGGAUAAGAGGUAGAUAUGGCGUCCAUCCGCCCACGCUUAGAUUCCCGGGCUAGAUCGGAAGAAGAAUCGCGGACGAAGCGGAGGGGAGGAAUAAUGGAGAAGCAAACCCAAGAUUUCUCGUCGACUUCAAGUCAGGCUGUCCGCAAGGAAGCUGAUUACAUCCGACCCGGACUUCCCUCAGCUCCACAGGCCAAAGUACAGCAGAGCCGGAUUCCUCAAAAUGCUUCUGCACGAAAGCCUUCUGGUCUUAGAUUCCCAUCAAAGCCACCUCUGACUCACGAAACACUGUCCUGGUCGACAAAUUUUGUGCAGCCGGCUUCAAAUGUGCCAACAUCGGCUGGACAUGGACGUAGUGACUCGGCAAAGCUGCCCAAGACCGUCCUACGUAGGAAACAAUCAAGUCUGUCUCAGGAACGGCCUAGCAUACAAAUUCAGCCUCGUUUGAAUUCAGGGAGAACCGAUUCAUCGUCUUCGAUACCAAGAUCACAAACAUUUUCCGAUCCCAGCACCCCCUAUUCGGAUCGGAAUAUCACCGCUAGCCCCGUUGAGAUUCGCGUUGCACAGAAGCUAGAAUUCCCUCGGACUAAUGCGCAGCCUUCGGGAAUCUAUCCUGAGUUGGAUCGCUAUCGGAAUAUCGAGCUUCCCUCGAGAAGCGGACCGAGCAUAGAAAUCCCGUUCAAAUUGUCAACCGAGAACCUCCCUCCCCCAACGCCACUCUUCUCUGGUGGAAGCAGCCACAGUCAACUAAGUGCCUUCAGUGCGAGCCCUUCUACUAGAUUUUCCGAGUCGCCUGGAACUGGGCCUUAUAGCCGAGACACAACCCCGACCUCGAUAUCAUCGCAGUCGCCUGGACUCAUUGUGCCAUAUCGUCUUCCUGUUUCUAGGGCAAGGCAAGCAAGUCCGGCUGAGACCCGACCGCCUGUAACUCGGAGAAGGGCUGGUAGUAUACCAAAUGAGGGGGACACUUUUGGUACCGAUCCUAAUGGUCUUGCCGCGGUUCGGGAGGCGUUGACUUCAUCGUCAUCGAACUCCACGGUACGUCCCGAAGAAAAGGAGAAGAAGACGCGCCGAGGGUUAUCACCUGCGAUACCAACCCCUCCCCCUAGAAAGUCGUCCCAAAAGUUCAAGAAAAGUGGAGGAGGAAGCGAGUCAUUAACUAAAGCCCCUCGGGUAGUUACUCGACCCUCGAUAACGUCUCCGACUCAGGGGAAAGUAAAUCUGUCACCCCACGAGAAAUCCCAGGAAACUAUAACAUCCCCUAAGACUCGCCUAAUACCGCCCUCGCGGCCUAGCAGAGAUGGAACACCCGACCUUUACUCACAAUUUGGUGGUCCAGUUCCCGUAAUUCACAGCAACCUGUCUUCAACAAGCCUCGCCGAUCGACGUCAAAGUGGUCAGCUGGCACCUAGUUCGUUGCCAAGGUCCUCGGCUCCUUCUACCCAAGAUCACUCGAUUUUAUCAACAGGACCUAUACCUCGAGAGCCUACACCAGCACCACUGGCAGUAGUUACGAAAACUACCCAAUCAACCCAAGAGAAAAGUAGAACCGUUAGGACACCUAGCCCAGCUACUUUGUUCAAAACAAGAUUUCCACUCUUUGGGAGGCGAACUAAGACAGCUCCGGAAUUACCGCAGGUAGACAAGAAAGAUAAGCCGGCUCGAAAAGGACCGGCUGCCGGAACAGGCCACGAAGGAUAUGGUAGGAUAGGCCAUGUUAGAAGGCGUAGCAGCGGUGCUGCAAACCCCCCGCGUGGUCUGCCGGGUUCGUUUUCUUCAGCUGAAAGCCUUGCAAGUCUUCAAUCAACGGACCCGUUCUUCUUGGAACGAAUGAAUCCCGUGAUAAUUGCCGGUGGCGAGAUCGUGGAAAACCGAAACACCAGCUUUGAAAUUACACGAAUCGAAAGCAGUCAGAGUAUGGUCCCGAAUCGUCCAGGUAUUAGCACCCGCAACAACUCGUCCGUAUCCGAAUCCUCGAGAGAGGAAUUGCGACAAACAUUGUGGCCUUCGGCAUUCCCACGGGAGUCAACACAGUCUCAUCCUUCGGAUAGUAGCGACUCGGAAGCUGUUUCGAUGAAGCCUACUAUUGCUAUUAGAAGAUCAAUUCAACGGCUGCGAUCCCCAAACCGCUCUCCUUUGAAUCUUCCGAAGCCAAUUGUCACUAGAGGAAUAACCUCUCCAUCGGUAGGAAGCAUAGAGACGACUAUCUUGACCGACGACUCUUUUGCGGAGUCUCGACCAGAGCCUGUCGGUGAACAGAUUGAGUCCAAGCCUGAGCCACGAAAGCUCACUAAGCGAGCGAAGUCUCCUCGUAAAUGGAACCUAUUUGGGAGAUCGCAAAACCAACCUCCUAAGGACCGUAACAAUAAGGUCGAGGCGAGCGUGUCCGCGGCAGUGAAGCACGUUCCAACCAAGCCGGUCGCGUUCUAUACAAUGAUGGACUCUUCUGAACAAGAUGAAACUGAGGAGCAAGAUGUUUGCGAAAUCUUGAGAGAAGCGGAGGUUCUAAUUCCGUUUAUGCCUACUAACGAUCACGAUCGAAGGCCAUCCGAGAGCAGUAUUCGAUCCUUAGAGCCGCCCCGUAUCCGCCAACGCCAGCCGAAAGACGCUACACCAAAACCGGCACAAAACGUUGCUCUCCAUACGAAAUCGCAAAAAACAUCGAUACCUAAGCGGCAAAAUGGGACUACAAUCUCUGUUCCAAGCAAUCCUAAAGUCCGUCCGAGCAGGCUUCCUCAAGUUGGUAGGAUACCCAAGGUUAUCAAUACCCGCCCAGAACAGACGUCUCCGAAGAGUUUCUCUCGCCCUUUUCAUCGGGUCAGCCUCCAAAGACCGCCUCCCGACCUAAGCCAAGUUGACGGCGACUCCGUUGCGAAGGGUCCGAGCCCAAUAAGGCCUUUAUCCCUUGAACGUCCUCAGACGGAACUGUCGGCAACAACUACCAGUUAUAAUGUCUCUAUCAAACCGGAACCACCCUCCGAAGACUUGUCUCCCAAGUUCGGCGAAGCUGGAAAAGAAUUUCUUUCAUUUUCACCUCAAAAGGGCUCUGAAUGCACGACAAGCUCUGGGUCUAGCAAUUCGGAGUUAGUGCAUGUAUUCAAGCAUACUCCGUUACCCCCAACGCCGAAUGCCCCGCUUACCGAGGACGAAAUUUGGGACGAAUACAACGACUUCUUGGGUGAGGUGCCACCAUCAGCGACCUCUUCUCGGGGUGUCCCUUUCCAUCUGGAAAUCUAUGGCUCUAGGUUGGCGAAGGAAUCAAGCAAGUCACUUGAAUCACCUGCCGUUAAUAAUCAUCCGGCUAAGGAUACUCGUGAUUCUAUCGAGACUGGAAAAAGUGCUACCUCGUCAAGUCACUGCAGCGCUGAUAUGACAGCUAGAAUCAACGCGGCUUUCAGGUUCGGCACUGACGCACCGACAAGACCGUUUUCAGUUUCGGAAUUUGUAUCUGGAUCUGGCGACAACAAUAGUAGUAACCCACAACCAGACAAGGCACUCGCUUCUCAACGAGACAGCUCGUCUUCGAACAAAAGUACUAAGACUAAGAGAAGUUCAGCUAGUAGUCGCACCAGCGAAGAAACGCCCCUUUCCCAGGUCAAUCUUCGUGUGGGUUCGAUGACGGUUAGCAAAUGGCUCACGUUUGGUCAUGUGUUAUUCAGCCCGGUCCGCGAAGACCUCAUUAAUGACGCCGGCUCACCCAAGCGUCAUUCAAUUCUUGUCAUUGACGGCCUUGGAAAUGACGACUGGUCUUUCUACGCUGCCGAAACCUACCCUGCUGCAACCUUCUUUAACUUAUCCCCUCGUGCACCAAUACCACCAGAGCAAAAGUCGACUCCUUCGUUUCCCCUCUCGCCACCUAAUCAUCAUCAGAUCCAACUGAUAUCACACAUGGAUAAGCUCCCUUUCGGGCCAGACAGCUUUACGGCAGUCGUGUUCCGGUUCCCGUCUGCAGCCCCAGAAUCUCACUAUCGCAAUAUCAUUUCAGAGGCGCGGCGUGUUCUCAAGCCUGGAGGAUACAUCGAACUAUCCAUCCUCGAUGUGGACUUGAAUAAUAUGGGUAACCGUACUCGGCGCUCGGUACGCCAACUCAAGGAGCGAAUCAGCGCACGUAAUCCCGACUACAAUCUUAGCAGCACAGCAGACCUCAUUCUUCGCCUCCUUGGUAAGAAAGGAUUCAUCGACGUCAAGACUUGUCGCGUUGGCGUGCCCGUGGCGAGCGCGAUUACAAGCUCCUCUCGCGUUAAAGGCAAGAAAGAUGAGCGAAGCCUAGCGGAAAUGAUGAACGACAAGACGGAAAUUGGCGAUGAGAAUAUCACGAAGAUGGUUUCGAAAGUCGGACGAUGGUGGUACAACCGAUGCUACGAAACCCCAACCGGAAUGACUACCAGUAUCUGGAACGACAAGUCUUUGCUGGCUGAAUGCGAGGAGUGGGGAACCAGCCUCAAGCUUAUGGUGUGCCAUGCAAGGAUGCCCGAAGCAAGAGGAAGAGUUGCGAGCAUAUGAUAGAUAUGCUUUCGGUAUAUAGUCUUCCGAUGAUCCCUACGUCUUCAAGAUGUCUUCGGCGGCCCAGCUUUUGGAACUCGAAAUCCUCGAACCCCUCUGUUGGUGGAGUUAUUCCUUUCCUUAUUGGACAACUUAAUUUCCAUUGACUUGUACAGAAUCUAUACUCUCCUGGACUCAUACCCCCCCUUGCAUUAUAUUUCCUUUCGAAAUUGUCCCACAGGAAAAAUAAAUUU